GUAUUUUCGUGUUUUGCCAUCAGCACUGUGAUAUUUUCCUUGAUUUAAAUCAUGUUUUUAGGAUAGUUUUUUUAAAAUUUUGUUUAAAAUCGAAAUAUCCACAAAAUCAACGAAACAAAAGAUGGAUAAUAAUAAUAAAAAAAUUCGUCUAGAUAAUUCAGAUUCAUUGAAUGAAUCGAAUCAACCAAUAACAUCACCAUCAUUGAAUUCUAAUGGCCUGCUUUUUCCUCCUCUAAACAACAAUAAUAAUAAUAAUAAUAAUCCACUAAAUCUUUCACUUCCCCGACCACCUCCGCAUCCAAUCGAUUUAUUACCUCCACCGAUAUUUCCGUUUUCAUUUCCACCACCGAUUCCUUUUGGUUUGCAAUGGCCACCACCACCACCACUACCAUUACCACCAUUCAUUCCAACAUCAUCAUCAUCAAUUCCUUUUGGAAGAAUAUUACCACCGCCAUUACCAUUAUCAUUAUCAUUACCUAUUUUUAAUCGAAUACCAAUGACUAUUGAAAAUAAUAAUGUUUUACGGCCACAAACUACCAUCAAUAAUGCUACCACCACUACUAAUGUGAUCAAAUCAAACCAAAAAUGUAAUAAUAUCAUCAGUCCCAAGUCGUAUGGUCAUCGAGAUGAUGAAAAACGUAAUAAUAGUCAUAAUCAUCAUCAUCAACGAUCAUCAUCUAAUAGCAAUAAAUUUGACACUGGUCGAACAAGAUCUAAUCAUUCGAAUAAACAUCGUUAUAAUAAUGAUGAUGACGAUGACAACGAUAAUGAUGAUGAUGAUGAUAAUGAUGUAAAAUAUAUGAAUAGAAAUAAAAUUCAAAAAAUAAUGGAAGAAAUUUAUUCGAAAAAAAUCCUAUACAAACGAUCAACACCAUUAGAACCUUAUUAUAGACAAAAACCAUUGAUACGAAUGGAUAAUAAUAAUGAUGAUGAAAUGAUUGUACAAACUAUUGAAGGUACACAACAAUUGAUUGAUCUUCAUGAAAAAUUUAAACAAGAAAUUCUUUUACGUUCGGAACGUUUACGAUCAGAAAAACCAUCGUUUAGUUUUCCAAAACGUAAAAUCAAAUUAAAAGCACAUAAACAUCAUCAUGAUAAAUGUGGAUAUUCAUGUGGAAAUGAUAAUAACAGUGAUCUUGAUGAUGAUAGUAGUGAUGAUUUUAGUGAUGAUGAUAAUUCGGAUGAUGAUGAAAAUGAAAAUAGUUCAAUGAAAGAAUUGGAACGGAAAAAAUCUCAUCCAUAUCGUUUACAUGAAGAACUUUGGUAUAAUGAACCUGGUGAAAUGAAUGAUGGCCUAUUAUGUCGUUGUAGUUUAAAAGCAAAACGUAGUGGUAUUCGUCAUGGUAUAUAUUUGGGUGAAGAACAUUUACCCAGAUGCAACCCGAAUACAAAUAAUCGUCAUCGUCUUUAUCAUUAUCAAGUAUCGAUUAAUCCGAAAAUUAAUUUUCUAGUCGACGCUGCAACAACAAUCAAACAUGAUGAUCAUAUUUAUUAUUUUGAAGGAUAUUCAUUGUUUUCACAUUUUCCAAUACCAAAUUCAUUUCCAUCAUGUAAAAUUAUUCGAUAUAAUAUUGGCUAUGAAAUUACAUUUGUUGAAGAUGAUUUUCCACAAAAUUUUUGUGUCGGUGAUCUUGACCUGAUGUUUGAUUAUAUUUUCUACGAACUAUUGGAAUUAGUCGAUCUUAAUGUUAAAGCUAAAGAUGAUAAUGAUGGUUGUAAUCGUUUUCAUUUUAUGCCAAGAUUUGUACGUUUAAUUGAAAAUAAUGGUAAAGAAUUAUUAUCAAUGAGUAUUGUAUUGGAAUAUCUAUAUCGAAAAUCUAAACCAUUAAUUGAUGAAAGUAAAUUGGAAAAAUUAUCACAAAUGACCAUUAAAGAAUGGAAUCAAUUUGCAAUGAAACAUAAAGGAUAUCUGGUUACAUGUCCAUCAAUGAAACCAUGUUCAAUUCGUGUUGAUCAAAUUGAUCGUGAAAAAGAUGAUAUCAUUGUUGAUGAUGAUAAGAAUCAAUCGGAUUGUCAAAACAAUGAUAAAUAUCCAGUUAUUGUACAUUUUGGUAUUCGUCCACCACAAUUAAGUUAUGCCGGUAAUCCAAAAUAUCAAAAAGCAUGGCGUGAUUAUGUAAAAUAUCGUCAUCUAUUAGCUAAUAAAGAAAAAGUAAGCUAUGAUGAUAAAGAGAUUUUAAUGCAAAAAGAAGAAAAAUUACAAGAAAUGCGAUCGAAAAGUGAUCUAAAACGUGAUGUAACAGUGGUAAUUAGUAGUAAAGGAUUUUAUUGUACAGGUUUACAAUGUGAUAUUGUACAACAUUCAUUAAUAAUACCCGUAUUAAUUAGUCAUUUAAGAUUUCAUUAUUCAUUACAACAUUUGGAAAAGAUUAUUAAAUAUACAUUUAAUGAUCGAUCAUUAUUACAAUUAUCAUUAACACAUCCUUCUUAUAGAGAAAAUUUUGGUACAAAUCCUGAUCAUGCACGUAAUACAUUAACAAAUUGUGGUUUACGUUAUUUAGAAUAUGGUGAUCGAAAGGUACAUUUCAUGAAUACCCGUAAGCGUGGCAUUAACAUGUUAAUCAAUAUUAUGUCACGAUUCGGGUGUAAUGAAGAAACCGUUUCAAAUAUCAACCAUAAUGAACGUUUAGAAUUUUUGGGUGAUGCUGUUGUUGAAUUUUUAACAUCGAUUCAUCUUUAUUUUUUAUUUCCUGAUUUGGAAGAAGGUGGUUUAGCAACAUAUCGUGCUGCAUUAGUACAAAAUCAACAUUUAGCUAUAUUGGCAAGAAAAUUACAAUUGGAAAAAUUUAUGCUUUAUGCACAUGGUUCAGAUCUUUGUCAUGAUCUUGAAUUAAGACAUGCAAUGGCUAAUUGUUUUGAAGCAUUUAUGGGUGCAUUAUUUUUAGAUGGUGGUAUUAAUGUUGCUGAUCAUGUAUUCUCUUCUACAUUAUUCGAUGAUAAUGAUGAACAAUCCAAAUUAUUACAUCGUAUAUGGUCUGAUUAUCCAAAACAUCCAAUACAACAACAAUAUCCUAAUGGUGAUCGUCAUUUAAUUGAUAAAGUUAAUCGUUUAAGUGAAUUGGCAAAAUUUGAACAAAUGACUGGUAUUGAAUUCAAUCAUAUUCGUUUAUUAGCACGUGCAUUUACACAUCGUAGUGUUGGUUAUAAUAAUUUAACAUUAGGUUCAAAUCAACGUAUGGAAUUUCUUGGUGAUACUGUUUUACAAUUAAUUGCUUCAGAAUAUCUUUAUAAAUAUUUUCCUGAUCAUCAUGAAGGACAUUUAUCAUUGUUACGUAGUUCAUUAGUUAAUAAUAAAACACAAUCAGUUGUUUGUGAUGAUUUAGGUAUUGUUGAUAUGACACAAUAUAAUUCAAUUAAAUCAGAAUUAAAAACAAAAGAUCGUGCUGAUUUAUUGGAAGCAUUUAUUGGUGCCCUUUAUGUUGAUAAAGGUAUUGAUUAUUGUCGUCGAUUUUGUGAAGUUUGUUUUUUUCCACGUUUAGAACAUUUUAUUAUGAAUCAAGAUUGGAAUGAUCCUAAAUCUAAAUUACAACAAUGUUGUUUAACAUUAAGAUCAGCUGAUUGUGGUGAACCGGAUAUUCCUACUUAUAAGUAUGUCAAAUAGCCAGGAGAACAAAAUUUUAAUUUAUUGAUUUUUUUCCUAUCUUUUCUCUCUCUCUCCCACUUGAAAAAUCGCAGAGUAAUCGAUAGUAAAGGUCCAACAAAUACAAGAAUCUAUGAAGUUGCUGUUUAUUUUCGUGAUGAUCGUUUAGCAACUGGUAAAGGACAUAGUAUACAGGAAGCAGAAAUGAAUGCUGCAACCAAUGCCCUACGAUUAUCUAAAGAACUUUUUCCACAUUUAAUGUUACAGAAACGUGUUAUACAACGUAAUAUAACCAAAACAAAACCAGAUUUACGUGAUUGUGAAACAUCAUCAUCAUCAUCAUCAUCUUAGUAAUAAAAAAAAGUCCAUGGACAUGAAGAAAAACAACAUGUUCAUGCAUGAAGAACAUUAUUUAGUCAAUCAAACAACAACAGCAGAAUUUUAUGAAUUUCUUGCUUUUUUUAC